UCAGUGGUUAAAGGAUGAAAUUAUUAAUAAAGCAUUUGAGGAAGUGUAAUAACCGAACAAUGUUUGGCUGAGACAAUGAAACGUUUUUGGCUACAGCUCGUAUACUCGCACAGUCGUGCUAAGAACAGUUGAACAGCAAAUGGGCUUCCCAGUGGUUAAGCGUCCGCAGCAAGCGGACGCAGUAUAGGAGCGCUGUCGUGCCGUCCGUGCCGCAGCGCGGGCGCGAAGCCAACGCCGCCUGCCCUGAACGGCGCGCUGCCGCGUCAGCUCUCUGGGGCGCAGGACCUGCGCGACCGGAGCCCGUUGCCGUUGCUGCUACGCGCCCGCUCCCGCGCUCGCGCCAUCUCCCGCGCUUGCGCCCCGACCAUCUGAUGCUGCCGCCGCUCCUGCACAAACGGACGAAAGAUAAGGAGCGACAAGAGGCUGUUUGACCAAUCAGCGAGCGCCAACGCAGCAGUCAACGAUAGAUGACGCUACUUUCCAGUGACGUUUAUUGACCUGCCUGAAGAUGUGCCAAACGAUAGCAACUGCCUGCCGCUUCUGAAGAUCAGUAUCCCGGGCCAGAAGUCCCGAAACGUCCGAGAGAAGUUGGGAAGCGACGACGCGGAGGCAGCUCAGGGCCGCGCCCAUCCGCAACUCGCCGCAGCGCCUGUGGUUGGUUGCGGACGUUGCCGCAGUUAAGCGCUGCGCCAGCCGCGGGGGAGGGGGGCCGUGUUGUCGCGCCGCACACAGCAUACCAGUUAUCCGCUGAACCUCCAUGUCGCUGGUCCCUUGGGCUGGGCAAGAGCUGGCAGCGCUGCUUGGCGUCACAAACCCUGCAGCGAAAGGGGACUGCUUCCACGGCCUCCUUCAAGAAACCGUUGAGUUUGCUGUGUUCGGACAUUUUGAUGUUGGAUUGGGAGUUGUUCUUCCUCGAAACUCUGUCUUGAGAGCCAGAUUGGUUGAGCUGUCAAAUUGAUUUAAAACAACAAUUGUACAAAGGACAUGAAGAUGGAAGUUUGUAAUUUGAAAAGCGUUCAACGGGUUGUAAAUUUCACCUUGGACGAUGGAAAAGAAUUAGAAGUAGGGCACAGUGACGCAUUAAUCCCUGGUGUAACAAUGAUUUGUGACCUUCCAUUACUAUUUAGGAAUGGAUUUCCAACUUGCUUAGAAAAUCUCACAGUUGGCCAAUUGGAGAAAUUUGUACCAUUUAUGAUUAAGUGCUCUGGCGUACCGCCACAAAUAAAACCCAAAUGGUGGCCUGAUGAACUAUACCCUUCAAAACUUACGAAGAUAUCAGGCAUGUCUGACAAGAACUGGUUGUCGUAUUUAAAGAGGUUAGUUUUGCAUUGUUACUCAUAUCAUGGCUGUGAAUAUGCGCUAAAAUUAUGUACAGACCUUUCUCAUAAAUGUCACUCCAUGAAACGAACUUCCGAGUGUGGAGUAGAAAAUAGCUCCUCACAAGUGUACAAAGUGCCAAGAGUUAUGCCAGCAACACGAAGAUCUACAAAAUCGCGAUGCAAUUUAGAGUAUAAUCGCGAUAGUAGCAGUACGAAAAAUGCCCUGAAAAGAAAUGCAGAUAAUGGACAUGAGCGAAAUAAAUCCCCUGAACAAAUAUAUCUUUGCGACUAUUGUGAUUCAGAGUUCAGAGUCUCAAAUGAAAUACGUGCUCAUGAAAAAUUGUGCACUGAGAAAAAUAUUUCUAAGGCCCCUCUACCUGGGUAUGUCCGCAAAAAUAAUCAAAAUCGUUAUACGUUGCGUAAUAACAACGAACGAAACAUGCAAAAUAUAACAUCUAUGGCCAGAAGUGGGCCUGGAGUGCCAUCGAAUGUUGAUUCAAUUAGUUCAGUCGCAAUAAAAUCCCUUUUAGAGACGCAUUCUAAACCUAGAGAACCCUGCAAAAGUUGUGGAAAUUUGUUUGUUUCGACGAAACUAUUAAGUGACCAUGAAUCUAUAUGUCUAAAACAACAACUGCUUUUAGCACGCUUUCUUUCCACCUCAUCAAAUACAAUUCCCUCAAGUAAAAAAGACAAGAGGGAACAGCUUAGUUCUCGACACAACUUAUCAAGUACAAAUACUUUUCCUGAAGCAGAUUCAACCCCUCUGCGCAAAAAAAGAAUGAAACUUUUGCCUCGCAAAGCAGGCCAAAGUAACUUCAAAGAUGUCUCGCAGAAUGAAAUAUUUCUUUGCGAUAAAUGUGACCAAGAAUUUACGUCAUUUACUGAUAUUCAGCGCCAUGAAGCUACCGGAUGUGGAAUGAUGAGAGAAUUGACUCCCUCGCCAGUCUCCGAAGGGGCUCACGAAUUGCCCGCGGAAGAGAAUUUUAUGCGUUAUUUCGAGUUGACUCCAUCAUGCCAAUCGCAGUCGACCUUCCGCCCCAUAGCGCGAUCUACUUUCCGUAGCAAAAGGUUCUUGGGAAAUCCUAUGCGAUAUAGCGCGAUACCAAUUUCUUCGCCUCUAGGGAGCCUAAUUCAUGGGACUCAAAUACCGACUUCAUCUAUUUUAACCAAGAUAGAGAAGGUAGAGCGGUACUGCUCUGCUAAUCCUACCAGCACGUUUGGUCUUGAGGAGACGAAUGCUGCCCCUGAAUGGCGAAUUUCAUGGAAAGAGCAAACGAAAAACGUAAUACACGAGAUCGCCCACUCAUAUAUUUACCCUUCAAAGCGGUGGUGGAAAAUGCCUGAACUAUGGAACACACAAAUGAAAAUAAAGCAAAGGAACAGUGAGCUAAUGGCUCGUUGCAAAUCUGUACAAAUCAGACUCAGGAAGAUGACGACCCGGGAUAUAGAGCUCUAUACAGUAUGUCGUACUGUCAGACCAGUAGUAAAAAAGUUGACCAAUGAAGAAAUCAGAUUAUUUACAAAUCGUUAAGUCGUUGAAGGUUACAUUUAAAAGAAACAAGAACAUCAGCUUCUUCUCCAAAGAUAUGGAUUUUGCAUUACACCAGAUGUAAUCACUAUUGCCAUGAUGAAAUUCAAGGCACAAUAAAAUGGAAUUAGAACUUGUGUCAUAAUUUCUAAAAAAAGAAAGUUCCUGUGACUUAGAAAACGAAAACAAUUAUGUUCUUUGUAGUUUUUGUUUUGUUUUUUAGUGUAAAUGCAGACCAAUUUAAUAAAGCAUUUGCUCUUCAUUUAUUUAUUAUAUCACACAAAAUAUGUUUUCACAGUCUUCAACAGGCACAUAAAAGUAGUUUUUAACUAAGUUGAAUGUACCUGUUUUUGAUGUCAUAUAUUAAUAUUUUUGUUACUGAAACAUAGAUAUAAGGACCAUUUCAAUUGUUAUGAAUUUUGUAAGUACUAUAAUAAAAGUUCUAGUACCAAAGUUA